AUGACGAGCCGUCGCGUUGCCACUCGGCGGUGCUUGACUUUUCCGCUGUGGCUCCUUAUCCUUUCCCACGUGGCAUCCACGUGUCGUGCGUGUCUUCCGCCGCCUAUGUUCUCGGCAGCAGCAGACGGCUCCCCUCCGAGCCCUGAUUUGGAGCCCAGCUUUCACUGGCUAACCGAUGAGGAGCAAAUCGCCAUGGCGCGCUUCGCUGUGGCACAGCACAACGCCGCCAAGAACGACAGCCUACAACCGGUCUUGAUUAUGGCUGUAGAGUAUAUAGACAAUGCGAGCACAGGCAAUGGCAGCGCAGGCAACUCAAGCGCAGGCGGGGAGGAGUACCUUGUGUCACUGGCUGCUCUCAACCUGCUGCGCGGCCGCACUGCCUUCUUCGACGCCCUCCUCUCCCGCCGCCCUCUCGUGGCCGCGCAAUCCGCGCUCCCUGCUGCUGCCCCUCCAAUAACAGCAGCAGCAGCAGCAGCAGCCACACCGGUGGUAACCACAGCAGCAGCAGCAGAAGGAGAAGGACGAGGAACAGUGGCAGCAGCGGCAACGGCGGCGGCAGCAGCAGCAGGAGGAGGAGAGGGAGGGGAGUAUGUGCUGCGGUCGGUCACGAUGCAGUCGUUCACCUCCCCUCCCGCUCCCUCCCUCAUACUCAAAAUAGGAGAGGGAGGGGAGUAUGUGCUGUGGUCGGUCACGAUGCAGGCCGGGUCGGAGCGUGCGAGCACGCGCGAGGAGCAGGAGAAGGCGUUGAGGCACGUGGUGUCACUGCCGCCCAUAGUGUGUGGCAUUGAGUUCACUUACGUUGACCCGUCAGAUGCUGACGUGCAGCGCGUGGCACGAGGGGCGGUGGCGAGUGAGAAUGAGAGGCAGCGCACUGCUGCUGAUUCCCGUGCUGGAGGCACAGGUGGUAGUGCCGGGAUACAGAGAGUAACCAUCCCAAGGCCUAUCCCACGACUCAACCACUCGCAGUAUUUGGUGUGGCACACUGAUGCCUCCCUCCCCUCCUUCCCUCCCCUCCUUCGCUCCCCUCCUUCCCCCCCCUCCUUCCCUCCCCUCCUUCCCUCCCGUCCUUCCCUCCCCUCCUUCCCUCCCCUCCUUCCCUCCCCUCCACACACAGGGUAG